CACACAUUCACACCUUGUGUUUUGUGUUUCGGAGACCAUUUGCAAACGUGCGCUUCAAUGACAUCGCCAUUCAACUAUCCGCCACCAGGGGGCGCUCCUAAUGCAAAUAGCACCUUAAGUCCAUUGCGUCCGUUCUAUGGCACUCAGCUAGAUUCGCCAUUGCAGUCUUAUUACCAACAUACUGCUCAGCUUGAACAUGACCUUGCCAACACCCACGAAGUAGACCCUGAUUCACAGGCUGCUACCAAAGAACUGCUCAGAUAUGGCCUCCUAAAGUAUUUUACCCUUGCACUCGCAUCUCCAUUCGAGGUUGCACAAAUCUUGAUGCAGGUCGAAUACUCGCCUACUGACGAAAGGGACGACACUGUUAACGACUGCCUUGAUACAGCAGAACAGGAGAGAUAUGAUGAAGAGUUCCGACGUGCCCAAGAGGCCGCUGAAGAGGAAGAGUUUUUCGAAAACGAAUCGGAAUCAGAUGGUUACUAUUCCAACAGCGCUCAUACCGGCCAUUUCCCCUCACCUCGUUCUAACGUUAAUAAAUUGGACCCAAACUCUGCUGUGUUUAAGGAGCGCAAGCUGUUUGAUCAGUCUGGAUAUUUGAUCCGCGAUGAUGUCUAUGAUGAAGAUCUCAGACCUGCUUUUCAGUUGGCCCCAAUUAAUGGGGGUGUAUAUUCUGUAAUGAAAGCUUUGUUCAAUCAUCCUACAGAAGGACUCUUCUCUCUUUGGAAAGGUCAAUAUACCAACUGGCUAUACGAGAUUUUGCAUCUAUUUGCCCAACCAACAUUGGAGGCUACACUAAACGAUACAUUCGAUCUAUAUGACGAUGCUAUCCCUCUGGUGCACCUUGAUCGUGUUGGACCCAACAUUGCUACUUUAGUCGCCUCCCAUGUUGUUGUCGGAUUCAUCCUCUCUCCCUUGGAGCUCGUGCGCACUAGACUCAUUGUACAGACAGCUGACCCAAAGCAGCGCAAAUAUACCAGCAUGCUCAAUUGCAUUUCAACCAUCAUAUCUGAGGAAGGUUUUACAGCACUUUGGGGCGGUGUCAACCUCUUGCCAACCCUUCUGUAUCACACAAUCAACCCAUUGCUUACCAACUGCAUCCCUCUGGUCAUUGAUCGUGUUUUCAAAAUUUCCGCCGAGGACUCGCCUUCCCUAUAUUCAGUUGCAGAAUUGGGACUGGAAGUUCUGGAUCUUUUGAUUCGGUCGCCUCUGGAGACUGUGAGGAGACGUCUUCAGAUCCAGAUCCAAGCCAAGAUCCCUGGGAAGCGUUAUGAGACUGUGGUGGAGACAAGGAAGAGGCCUUAUUCGGGCAUCAAGGACUGUCUCUACAAGAUUGUGCAGGAGGAAGGCGGAAAGCCUAGGAGGAGGAGACGAUCUAGAAAACAAAUCGAGGAUGGCGAUGAAGCAGACAAACCAAAAAUUCCAUGGUAUGGUGUAUGGCGUGUCCGUCGUCUGUAUACAGGAUUAGGUAUGUUUCUCACAGGCAAUCUUGUUAUGUUUGCGGUGAGCACUACAUCCAACCUGAAUACAGAAAGCCUCGAGGACUGGUAAAGUUACAGCUGCACUAGAUAAUAAUGAUAAUAAUGAACAGUGGGUAGUAAUACACAUGUUCGUUGGCCACAUUGUUUUUAACACAUUGAUUCAGUAUAAUAAAAGAAAAUAAAAGAGAAGGCUCCGGUCCAUAAUUUGUACGCCCUU